AUGACUUUCGGCUCGCCCUCAGUCGAACAGAUGCCGCAAAGUCCUCAGCCUGAACGUGUAUCGUCACCUCGGCUAUCACCGAGACCCGAUCGGGAAGUGGUAUUUCCCUAUAGGUUGGACGAAGAAAGAGGAACCCGACGUUCUGCAAGUUCUCCAGUAGAACAGCACUCGAAGCAACGACAACCACUCUCAGCCCCUGUGAUCCACAAGCCAGAUCCGAACUCAUACAGGAUCUCUACGCGAGAUGAUCAGAUACGGGCGGAGCUGCACGAGUAUUUCAAGCGAGUCGAGAAGGGAUAUGUGUGGGCAGACCAUCGUGGCUUCAUCAACGUGAGCGAUGUCCUGGCCGGCUCGUGGCUAAGUCACGUAGGUGUAAAUUUCACUGAGCUGAUCGCGUUUGUGAAGGGUCCGGCUGGGAAAUCGUUCAAAAUCCAGCCGACUGCUUUCGCAAACGAGUUCUCUUACAGUCCGGCUGAUUUCGAGAUCAAGUUGGCCGAUGAGAGUGACAACACAGAUCUGGACAGGUCUCAGAGCGCUCCUGGCGGAAGUUCUUGAGCUCCUCACGGUGCAGAGCCUUUAUCUCAAACGUUGCAGCCCUCUCCCGUACACAGACCGAAGAGGCCCUUUGCGCCGGGAUCAGUGCCACCGAAUGGCAACAGUACAGAUUAUGCGGUCAUGAUUAAUGCACUCGAUUCUGUUUCGCCCGAAAUGUCGAUUAGAAUCACACCCGCGUUGAAUCUGAGGGAUUCGUGGAUUCUGAAGACCUACUCCAAGACUCGGACCUUAAGAAGCGUAUCCCG